AUGUCCGCGGAUCUGCUGCUGUUCCCGUCGCAUCCUGCCGGGUCGCUGGGGGUUGUCGGACCCGUGGAGCCUUUUAGCAGCUCCUUGUCAGAGAUGGAGACUUUUCGGAUGUUCCUGAACGAGCGGAUGGCGGCAGCAGUAGAAGAUAUUCUGGGUGUGUUCGGGGAAACGGUGGCCCGGUACCGGGAGCAGAUAGACUGCCAGCAGCGGGAGCUGGAGAGCCUCAGGUCCAGGGAGGUCGAGUGGAGCCGGACUCCAGACCCUCAGGAGGACUCAACCUGGAUAAAAAGGUAUCCUGAGCACCAGAGCCCCGAUGUCCCUCUGAUCCAGACCGAUAGUGUUGAUAAGACAGAUGUAGGCACCCUGGCUGAUCUGAUUAAAGUAGAAAGUAGUGCUGAAGACUGUGAAGAGUCAAAAAUACACAACCCCUAUGACUCGGCAGCUGAUCCAGAGCUAGACAGAGAUAGCCAAUUUCAAGUUGAGGAUUCAGACUCGGAGGGAAGUGAAGAUGGGUGGAGGGAGGCUGCCAGACUCUGGAACCCACAGGAGACAGAAAGCUCCAAAGAUCAGAGCUCAGGCGCAGAGUUAAAGAGCCCCGGCAAUCUGUCACAGGAGGGGAGACGACUUCCCCACAUGUUCACCUGCAAAGUUUGUGGCGAGUCCUUUCACAAGAUGCGUGUCCUGCUCGCCCACUCUUCAGCACAUCUGGGGGACUGCGGCGUGUGUGGCAAGCAGCUGGAGCCCGCAGAAAGCCUGAAGCUGCACCUGAAAGUCCACAGAGAGACGUCGUUCCGCUGCGGCGUCUGCGGGCAGACUUUCACGCUGCGCGGGAACCUCGGGAUUCACAUGAGGAUCCAUUCUGGCGAGCGGCCGUUCAGCUGCACGGUCUGCGGCAAGAGCUUCGGCAGGAGGGCGACGCUGGUGCGGCACGUCCGCAGCCACACGGGCGAGAAGCCGUUUGCCUGCGUGUACUGUGGCCACAGCUUCACGGAGAAGGGGAACCUGACGGUCCAUUUACGGACGCACACGGGCGAGAGGCCGUACAGCUGCUCCCUCUGCAGCCGCAGGUUCAGCCAGCUGUCCAGCUUCUACAAGCACCCGUGUCAAAAGAAGGGCCUGAUGUGUGUCCCCAUCACUGUCGCCUGACGGCAGCAACACGAGAGGAGCUGCUGAACUACACAACCCCCGCCAC